AUGGAAGACAAAGCCCCGGAGUUCGUGUCCGUCAGCACCCCCGGCGGUUCCAAGCAGAUGACGCUCGCCCCGUUCAACGACAAGGCCACGCACACACCCAAGAAGCGGAAGGCAGACCACGUGGACAAGCCCAGCUCCAGCCCCGAGCCCAGCGGAUCUUCUUCUUCUUCUCCUCCUUCUGACAGUUGGCUCCGCAACUUAACCAGCGGCGGCGGCUUCUGGGGCAACGCCUACUGGUACGACCUGCAGCUAGAGAGGCGCCUGCCACAGGCCAAGCCCAUGCUCUCGCAGCUGGUGCUGGCGCUGCCGCCCUGCGACGACAAGCUCGUGCUGGACCUGUGCGCAGGCAGCGGCCGAGCCUCCGCCGCAGUGCUGGAGGCCUACCCGACGGCGCACUUGGCGCUGCUGGACUCGUCUAAGCAGCGGCUGGAGAUGGCGGCGGAUCGACUGGAGAAACUGCAGCCGGGAGCUAGGUACAGAGCGCAGUUUGCGACGCGAGAGGUGACGCCAACGCAGUCGACGGAGCUCUGGACCCAGCCUGUGGACGUGGUCGUGGGCUGUCUGGCCUUCCACGUGGUCGUGGAGAGGCCCGCGCACUACGCGCAGCCAGGAGAGGAAGACACGGAGGGGGAAAUGUCGAUGGAGGACAAGUACGAGCAGCUCUUCCGUGUGGUGUGGCGCUCGUUGCGUCCGGGAGGGCACAUCGUGUUUGCAGACCACGUGGGUCAGCUGUCGCUGUUCAAGCAGCUAAACGCUCUGGAACGCGCAGGGUUCGAAGAUGUCGACUGUGCGUGGUGCGUGGAUGGUUCGUUCGUGGGUGGAGGACGUAAACCUCUGGAUUAG